AUGAUUUGGCUGUUGAAGCAAACAGAUACAGAACUGUGGCAACUCAUCCAAUCUUCGCAUAAAACGACAAUGACGCUUCAGACCGUGAGAUAAAAUAUUAAAAACCAUGGCAUUGACAUUAACGACCAUCUUUUAGAAGCAGUAUUUUCUAGAAAAGAAAUACAACUGCUUAAAGAAGAUUUGUAAAGUAUCAAAGAUAUGAUAAGACAGAUUAAAGUUAAGCAAUCAAGAAGCUUAAUUCUUGAUUAGAUAUAUGGACACUUAGUUUAAUCUUCUCCUCUAGUUGCUAUGCCCUAGAAUCACUACAAGAGAACUAUAAUGCAAAAAGAUUUUGAUUAGUUUUUGCAAGUCUAAGGAGACAUGAACUACAAGAAAAAGUUAGAAAUCUUGAAGAGGACUCAGGAAUACAUUAGAAGUGGAGGCUCUUUAGAGAAAGCCGUAGAAUAUAUAAAUUAAAAAGGAAUUUCUCUUGAUGAUGAACUUAUUGACAAAGUAUUCGAUAGAAAGGAAUAAAAACUAUUGAAGCAAGCUUCAUAAUAGCUAUCCGUAAGUUUGAGCAAAUAAUCAUCUAAUGAAGAAAUUCCCGACCACAGUUCUAGAUCAUUACUGAUUUCCGAACUUUAUCCUUCAGUUAAGGACUAUUCAUCCAAGAGUGCUUAGCCAACUAUUCAAAUAUGUUAAUUAUUCGGAAUAUUGAGCGAUGCGUUGUAUGCUUAAGAAGACUGA